AUGUCCGGGAAAAUCGGCGUUGCCAUCAUCGGCAGCGGCAUCUUCGUCAAGGAGCAGCACCUGCCGGCCGUGCAAAAGUCCCCUGACCUCGAGCUCAAGGCCAUCUACUCGCGCUCGCUCAAGUCCGCCAAGAGCGUCUCGGAGGGCCUGUCGGAUGUGGCGCUGUACAGCGAGGACAGCGGGUCCGAGUCCUUCACGGACCUGCUGCACCGCAGCGACAUCCGGGCCGUCAUCAUCGCGCUGCCCAUCCCCGUGCAGCCGACCUUCAUCAAGGAGGCGCUGCGGGCGGGCAAGCACGUGCUGGCCGAGAAGCCGCUGGCCAAGGACGUGGCGGCGGGCCGCGAGCUGAUCGACUUCUGCCGGUUGCCGGACGUCACGCCGACCUUUGGCGUCGCCGAGCAGUUCCGCUACCUCAACGCGUACCUGCACGCGGCGUCCGAGGUCAAGGGCUUGGGUCGCGUGCUGGGCGUCCAGCUGCGCAUGCACGCGCUGGUGCUGCUGGGCGGCAAGUACAUCGAGACGCCGUGGCGCAAGGCGCCCGAGUACCAGGGCGGGUUCCUGCUGGACGGCGGCGUGCACCAGAUCGCGGCGCUGCGGCUGGUGCUGGCGGGCGGCGGCGUCAAGGUGCGCAGCGUGAGCGCGCACACGGCGCAGCUGCAGCGCCACCUGCCGCCCGUCGACACGGUCGACGCCGCGCUGGCCCUGGACAACGGCGCCACGGGGCUCGUCAGCAUGUCGUUCGGCUCGACGUUCAAGUCCAACGAGCUCGCCGUGGCGUGCGAGAACGGCACCGUGACCGUGGUCCGGGACCGCGUCACCGUGACGCGCGUGGGUGGGGAGCCCAAGGUGGAGGACAAGGUCAACGAGGAGGGCGGCGUGGCGACCGAGGUGUUUGCGUGGGCCAAGAGCAUCCUCUCGGGCAAGCAGGAUCCUCAGCAGAGUCCUGAGGAGGCGCUGGCGGAUCUGGAGCUGCUGGAGGCUAUGCUGACGAGUGGUGAAAAGGAUGGUGCGCCGGUCAAGCUGUCGUACCAGAUUUAA